CCCUAAUAAACAUAAGCCUGUACACAACACUAUAACUAUGCUAUAUUUUAUUUUCUUACAUCAUCCAAACCUCCUCCUCCUACUCGCCGCGACGCCGACGCAUCACCUACAGACACCGCGCCGGCUGCCUGCUCAUCGACGGCUUUCGGUUUGUGAUCAGCUAUCAGCAGCGGCAGCGCUGCUAUCUGAAAUGUUCCAAUUUUCGCAGCCAGUGCCGGGCGCGUGCCAUACAGAACAAGGAGACCGGGCAGGUGCAGCUGCGCAAUGGAGUUCACAAUCACAUGCGUGGGCAGCAAAUGGCCGCGCACAAAGCUACAAAUUGACUAAUGUGGCGCAAUAUGUGCGCUCCAAUCGCGGCACGGACCUGGUCUACUACGAGGGCAACACGUACACGCCCAACGAGAAGCUGCGGGCGGGCCAAAAGUCGCGCGACUGGAAGUGCUCCAUGUACCACAAGGCCAAGUGCCGGGCCCGUCUGGUGACGCGCAUCACCAGCCAAGGUGAUCUGAUCCAUGUGACCAGCUACAGGCACACGCAUCCGGUCAUGUUUAUGCUGCAACAGCAGCCGGAGCAGCAGCAGGAGAGCCUGGACGUGGAUAAGCUCUGUCUGGCGCGCAAUCCGUUGUGCAUUGGGAUACGCCCGGCCAAGCAGGAGCCGAUCAAACUAAGCUAAGGCUCUUGAGUGCAAAUAAAACCGAACUUGUCUGCCCUGGGCGACU